AACGCCGCCAUCACAUCGUAAAAAAUCCAUAUGGGCUUGUACACCUCAUCCGCCCCAGCCCCCGAUUGUAGCGAAGCUUUCUUUUUUUUAAAUUCACCCGAAACGUAGAGAGAAGGUUGUCUUUUUUCUUUUUCAGUUCACUUAUCGGAACUCCCAUAGAAUCAGCUAUUCUUUUCCACGAAUCAUUAACCUGAAAUAAAAAAAGAAUUGUAUAAUGGAUCCAAAUAAGUGUAUACCUACAUAUAUUAGUACGUUUCUUAACAAGGGUUGUAAAACAAAUGCGAUCGAGGGCUUUCUUUUUUACUACCCGUGUUGAGAACCAAAUUUUAUGUCUCCACUUGGCCAGAAAUAUACAGGUAGUUACAAAAAAACGGGUAAAGCUGAAAGGGUGUUAAAUAGUCCCUUAUGAAUAGUCAAUUCACAAUAUUUGAAAACCCUAGUAACACAGUAUGACUUACCUUUUUACAUACAUUGUAUUACUUGCCUACUAAGAUUUUUUACCCGAUUUUUUGUAACACGUUGUAUAUUUGGUAUCGUAUUCUGAUUAUAUCUAAAUAAAAGAUUUACCUACUGUAGGUACUGGGCCGGCCGCUCGACCAACUUUGCCGAUUCUCCAUUGAAAACCAAUUCCACGUUUUCCUAUUGAGAAUACCAUACCAAAUAUGCCCUUAAUAGGGUUUAUACUUAUUUUGUUAUAGCUAAUUCUGCUGUUGACUACAAAACUGAAUAGUAGGUAUAUUGAAGCAGCGCGUCGCUUGUGAUCUAGAUGUUAAAUGUGUGCUUACCCUGAGUUGUUUUCGAUCGCGACUCUCACAAUCGAACGUAUGCUCGUCUUGCUCCCACCAGUGCGCCAGAGUAGUGGUGGGAGCGAGACGAACAUAUUUUCGAUUGCGAAAGUAGUAGGUACCUAGCUACUAUUUAGGUAGCCACCUUUACUUAAAGUAAUUUCUAACUAUUUAGGUAUAAAGUAAAAUACUUAUAAGCUAAUUCCUAAUAAGACCUAAAGUAAACUACUUAUUAUAAAGAAAUACUUUAUAAAUAUUAGGUAUAAUAGCAAAAGGUACUUACAAUAUUUUUAUUUUUAUGGUAUUUGUUUUUGGGGUUCCACAAACACUCCUCCGCUUGAUAAAGCUCUAUAAAUUUAAACGUCUCUUCAUUGCUAGUUUUAUUUGCCAUGUUGCCACACUACAAAUUGCCACAGUACAAAUACGUGCGCUUGCAUUAACAGCUUCUCACUGACUGAGGCGUCGGCGGACGUGUGGGCGCGAAGCCAGACGUCCGCGCUAGAACCCUUUGAUGUGGGCCACAAAAACCGACAACUCACGGAUCGGUGGCGGAUGCGUCUGCAGACGUCAAAUACCUACAGGUGGGUUCCCACGACCCGUGUUAUUACAGGCCAGGCCGGAUCGCGCCACGUCUGUGGAUGCCUGUGCGGCUGAUUGCGUCUCGCGCCGAGCCAUUCCAACGGCGCGAGUCGGCCUGUACCCGCCUGUCGUUAACGCCAGUCCAACAUGUGUGAUGAUACGGAGCGUAUGGCUGCGUGUGCAGCCGCUGUGGUUUUAUUCAGUGGUCAACUUUUGAUAAACCAAGCAAAAAGAAAGCAGAAGAAACGACGCUGGUGGGUGUCGUCAUUCAACAAGAGCCGAUCAAGAUAUAAUGCAACUGAUAUGCUGAGUGAUUUUGUACGGGAACCUAGCAAAACAUUUGAAAAUUUCUGCAGAAUGUCUCAAGAUGAUUUCACAUUCCUUCUAAAUAAGAUUGGUCCUCAUAUCUCAAAGAUUGAUACGAACAUGAGACAGUGUAUACCGACUCAAGCCCGAUUUGCUAUUGCACUCAGAUUUCUGGCUACUGGAGAUAGUUACAAAAGCCUCUCAUACUUAUUUAAGGUUUCAAUACAAACAGUCUCAAGAUGCGUUGACGACGUCUGCAAAGCCAUAAUGCAAGAAUUAAGGGAAGAAAUAAAACUGCCACGGUCAUCACACGAAUGGUUGGAGAUUGCAGAAGAAUUUAAUGGCAAGUGGAACUUCCCUCAUUGUAUAGGGGCACUAGAUGGAAAGCAUUGCGUGAUGCAAAGUCCUAUUCACAGUGGAUCAGAAUAUAUCAACUAUAAAGGAACAUUCAGCAUUGUACUUUUAGCUUUGGUUGACGCUGACUACAACUUUAUUUUUGUGGAUUGUGGUUGCCAGGGAAGAAUAAGCGACGGUGGUGUGUACAGAAACACGGAGUUCUACAAAAAACUAUGUCGUUCUGAACUGGAUAUACCACAGCCGGAUUUUUUACCAUCAAAAGAAGAAAAGAUGCCCUACGUUUUCGUAGCUGAUAGUGCAUUUGCCCUAACUGUUAACAUGAUGAAGCCAUAUGCUGGGAAUCAUAACAAAGGAACAAAAGAAAGAGUCUUCAACUAUCGCUUGUCAAGAGCUCGACGAAUAGUCGAAAACGCUUUCGGAAUCAUGUCUUCUGUUUUCAGAGUACUAAGUAAACCUAUUCUCUUACAACCCGACAAGGUAACGGACAUAGUUAUGACUUGUGUCUUAUUACACAACUUUCUAAGGAGAUCUAAAAAAUCAAGGCAAAUAUACACACCAGUGGGCAUCUUUGACACUGAUCAUGAAGGGGUUAUUCAACCCGGCUCUUGGCGAAAUGACCAAGAAGGAAUGAGUUCCCUACUACCACUGAGAUCUUUACCAAGAAGAGCUGCUGUUACUGCCAAGAGCGUAAGAGAUAAAUUUGCUGAAUACUUUGUAACUAAUGGCGCAGUUUCGUGGCAGAAUAACUAUUCAUAGGUUAACCAAGGCAUACGGGAAUCGGCCUUUGUACAGUCAGCCACAGGUCAACCUACCCAUUUCCGGUCGUCCUGUCAUGUAAAAAAGGGUCACCUAGUUAAUUACAAAUACCUUGGAGAGUAUGUACUCAGCUUAUGUAAGCUAGCUCUUUGAAUUAAAAAGUAUCUGAGAACUAUCUCAAGUAGUUUAAUUUUCUUUCACAUACUCUUUAAUUAAAAGAGCUAGCUUACAUAAGCUGAGUACAUACUCUCCAAGGUAUUUGUAGUUAACUAGGUGACCCUUUUUUAUUCUUAUAAAAUAUAAAGAAUAAAUACGUAAUAAGUAAUAAAUUCAUAAUUAUAUAAGUGUAAUGGGAAGAUUAGACACAAAUAAAAGUUACUCACCA